UAAAUAUAAAUUUAAAUUCAAGUACAAGAUGUGCGGAAUUUUCGCUUAUAUAAAUUAUCUAACACCAAAAACUCGGCAUGAGGUACUUGAUUUAUUGGUCAAUGGCUUGAAACGGUUGGAGUAUCGUGGAUAUGACUCCACUGGUGUGGCAAUUGACGCAACAAAUACUAAGGAUAUUGUAAUGCUUAAAAGUGUUGGUAAAGUCAAAGUUCUUGAAGAUAGUAUUGCUGAGAAUUUAAGUGGAAAAGAGUUCGAUGAGCCCGUGUUAAUACACUGCGGUAUUGCCCACACUCGUUGGGCUACUCAUGGUGUACCUUGUGAGAAGAAUUCCCAUCCUCAACGAUCGGACAAUGAUAAUAGCUUUAUUGUUGUACACAAUGGCAUUAUAACCAAUUACAAGGAUGUUAAAACAUUUUUAGAGAAACGCGGUUUUGUAUUUGAAUCUGAUACAGACACAGAAGUAAUUGCUAAAUUGGUGCAUCAUUUAUGGAAAAUGCAUCCAGGAUAUUCAUUUAGAGAACUUGUUGAGCAAGCGAUUCAGCAACUGGAAGGUGCAUUUGCUGUCGCAAUAAAAUCCAGACAUUUCCCUGGUGAAUGUGUAGCUUCAAGACGUGGAUCACCACUACUUGUAGGAAUUAAGACUAAAACUAGGCUGGCUACUGAUCAUAUCCCAAUUUUAUAUGGCAAAGAUGAUAAAAGUCCUCCAAUUGAAAAAGAUACUGACUCAGCCAAACCACAAGAACAUCGUCCACAUGGACAAACUCGUGAAUUGCCAGUGUUACCACGUUCUGAAAGUACAUCCGAGUUCAUGCCAUUGGAAGAAAAGGAAGUCGAAUAUUUCUUUGCGUCUGAUGCAUCUGCUGUUAUUGAACACACUAAUCGUGUCAUAUAUUUGGAAGAUGACGAUGUAGCUGCUGUACGUGAUGGAGCUUUAAGCAUUCAUCGAUUAAAAAAAUGCACAGAUGAUCCACAUGCACGUGAAAUUACAACUUUGAAAAUGGAAAUUCAACAAAUCAUGAAAGGCAACUACGACUACUUCAUGUUAAAGGAAAUUUUUGAACAACCCGAGUCUGUAGUAAAUACCAUGCGUGGACGUGUACGUUUUGAAUCAAAUAGCAUAGUUUUGGGUGGUAUUAAGGAUUAUAUACCUGAAAUUAAACGUUGCCGCCGUUUGAUGCUCAUUGGUUGCGGUACUUCUUAUCAUAGUGCUGUAGCCACACGUCAAUUGCUUGAGGAACUGACUGAGUUACCUGUUAUGGUUGAAUUGGCUUCUGACUUUCUUGAUCGCAACACUCCCAUUUUCCGUGACGAUGUUUGCUUCUUCAUAUCACAAUCUGGAGAAACUGCUGACACUCUAAUGGCUCUGCGUUACUGUAAGCAGCGUGGUGCUUUAAUUGUUGGCAUAACCAACACAGUGGGCAGCAGUAUAUGUCGUGAAUCACAUUGCGGUGUACACAUUAAUGCUGGCCCAGAAAUUGGUGUAGCUUCAACGAAGGCAUACACAUCUCAAUUCAUAUCUCUCGUUAUGUUUGCGUUGGUUAUGUCCGAAGACAGAUUAUCCCUACAACAACGUCGCUUAGAAAUAUUGCAAGGCUUAUCUACACUAGCUGAUCAGAUUCGAGAAGUUCUAAAAUUGGAUCUCAAAGUUCAGGAAUUAGCUAAAGACUUAUAUCAACACAAAUCUCUUUUAAUAAUGGGUCGUGGUUACAAUUUUGCUACAUGUCUCGAAGGUGCAUUGAAAGUGAAGGAACUUACUUAUAUGCAUAGCGAAGGUAUUAUGGCUGGCGAAUUGAAACAUGGUCCAUUAGCUCUUGUCGAUGACUCUAUGCCUGUACUAAUGAUAGUUCUACGCGAUCCAGUAUAUAUCAAAUGUAUGAAUGCACUUCAACAAGUUACAUCACGCAAGGGUUGUCCAAUUAUUAUAUGCGAGGAAGGAGAUGAAGAAACAAAAUCAUUUUCUUCUCGCAGCUUGGAAAUUCCACGUACCGUUGACUGCCUUCAAGGUAUACUCACUGUUAUUCCAAUGCAGCUCCUGUCUUACCAUAUAGCUGUUUUGCGCGGUUGUGAUGUCGAUUGUCCAAGAAAUUUGGCAAAAUCAGUUACUGUAGAAUAAAUUGACUGUACAUAAUCAUAUAUAUUUUAUAAACAUAUAUUAUUAUUAUUUUUUUAUUAUACAAAAUAAAUUUUAUAUUAUUUUGGUUUACUUUGAAAUAUUUCACAGCAAGCAUUUCUUAUGCAUUAAUCGGUUUUCGCAUAAACACAUAAGAUUUAAUCUGUAUUUUAUUACAUAUUUUUAUUGGAACAUAUAUCACAAUGUAUAAUUUACAAUAAAAACAGACAAUAGUUUCUUC